AGCUCGAGGCGACGUGUCAGUCGCCUUUCAUUUGGGAGACGUCAUGGCCGCGGUCCGCAAGGGCGACUGCAGCGCCUUCGCUUGCCCCAGCGGCCUCGCGCCGAAGCUGGAGACGGCUCCCAGACGACGGUAGUUUAUCUGCUGGCCACGUGUUGCGCGACGUUCGCGCGGGUUCCAUGAUUGAACACCGGAGAGCAUACUCGACCGUCAGCGGUGGUUCGAGCUCCGUUAUAAAAGAACGAUAUGCCGUGAUUCCAAACUGGUUUUGGUUGACUUUGAAACGAACUCCACAUGUCCGUUUAAAAUGCGUGUAUUUGCGCUGAAUUGAUUUAAAAAAUGGACAUGACUACCAACUGGAAGGGGUUCGAAACUUCCUACAAAACACAAGUUAGCUUUACAGGCUCCUAACCAGUACAACGAAUCAAAGUGAAAAUGUUGCCAGUGGAGUUAUUGCAUACUGAAACAUUAAUUCAAUGGACGCCAUCCAUCAUCAAAUGAAGGAAACAUUAAUAUGUUGGUCAUCAUUAUUACAUCUGUCUGUACUUCCAUGAUACAAAUUCAGGGCAGUGAAAACAUCUCGGUCUCUUGGACAAUCGAUUUGGAUUUAGAGAUGUGUACUAUAAGUGUCUCUUAUAGUGAUUAUAAAAUAUGGUUGGCGAACAUACCUUCAAAGAGACUAGCAAGCGACAAUUACUACAUGAGGAAUAAUAUUAUGAAGUGAAUAGAUUAUUACCCAUCGAUUCAGGUCAAAUUAAAUUUAAUGUCUCACACGUCAAUUUGCCUUCUGUUUCACCAAAGUUUGAGAGGGAAAUAUGCAAGUAUUUCCAAUGAAGAAGUACUGAGAUGUAUGCUUAACGAAAGUUACUAAACAAUAUUAACUCCAUGAGAUGGACAAAAUGUUAUGAUUAUGCUAACGCACUAGAAUUACUGAAAUGAACAAGUUGCAAGACAAAAGUGUAUUGGUCAAUGAAAGUUCAGAGCAGGAAUACUAAUAAUGUGAACUUAUUAUUGUACUGUAAAAUGCAUCGAACAAAAAACAUCGAUUCAUUAUUUGAUGCAAAAUAUUUUUAUUUAUUGACAGGCGCUAAAAACUUUAAUAGUAAUAAACUUUAACCGUGAUAUUACUUAAGAAGUAAUUUCUUAGAAUGUUGAACAAAAUAACCGUGUUCAUAUCAAAUAUUAAAAUAAUUAUUAUUUCUCUGCCACAAGAAAUGUAAGUGGAUGAAAACAUAUUCUAAUUCAUCCAUUAAUCGAAAUUAACUUGCUUAAAAAUUAAAGAAAGAAGAAACUUUAAAGUUUUUCGAAAUAUUUAAUGAAUGGAUUAAUGGAAUUAAGUAACAGCUUUGUUAUUUAAUUUUAGAAUUAUAACUAACACUGGGUUGAUUUCACAGACAGUAGAAAAAAUUCUACGUUUUACCAAGAGCGGAUCCUGAGACGAAUUUUGGGUGGGAACAUUUCUUAUUCAAAAUGUUUUGGUCGAAUAUGUCAGAUUACAGAUUGUGUAGAAUGAGGCAAGCUGAACUCAGCACAUGUUGUGAUUCAAUUUUAUUCGUUUAAAUAUUUAUAGGAAAAUACUUGAUAGUUUGGGGUCAAGUUAAAAUUAAUAGUUAUUGAAAACUUUUGGGAGGGAAACUUUUGGGAGAAUUUCCCUCCCCGUGGAUCCGCCCUGGUUCUACUGUAUAUAUGCAGAUGGAAUACAAAUCUUCGAAACGAUAGGUUGAUGAGUUUAUUAAUUAUGAUUCUCUUCUCGAUGUAGUUCAAAUAGUGUUCGAUUUCUUACCAGGAAACUAUUCAUCGCCCAAAACUGUUUUCACGUCAUAUUAUGUGACAUAUCAAUGUAUAUCAGCGGUGAAAACAGUUGCAUUCAAAGUAACUAUAUAAAGCUUUACAUAUCAUAUCUCUAUAGAACGGAUUCGAUUUUCAGUAGAAUGAUAUUAAAUGAAAGUUUGCAGUUGUUUCAGCAUGUUAUUAAAUGUUAUUUAUCCUCUUUGUAAGCACAUGUAAUUUAUGUGUAAUGUUUCAACUAAUAAACUAUUUUCGUUUUGUAUAUUACUCUUUCAGGUAGUACCCUAAUAUUUUAUGACAUCUUAUAGUUUAAACGAAGUUAUUUCGUACUCUAAACAAUAUUCAAUAAAUUGUAUAUUUCUGUAAGCAUAAGAAGAAAAAUUGUUCAGUGACGGAUAAGUGGGGCUAAAGGAGGGCCUCAUGCUAACUAUAUACUAAAAGGACAUUGGACCUUCGCAGGCCAUGACCUUGCUCAAAUCACUGUAUAUUUAUUGAUACUUAAGUUGCAUUGAACUUCAUAUUUAUAUUUAUUUAUCAUCAAAAUAAACUAAUUACCAAAAGGG